UUCAUUUCCGGGUGUGACUUCCAUUCCUGGGAAACAAACAAGCCGAGCCACACCUCGGACUUUGUCUUCAAAGUAACGUCAAGAACCAAACUGACUCAUAUUUAGAGAACUACUGAGUGGAGGAAACAGCUGAAUGAUGAGUGAAACAACACUGGAUUCCAAACUGGAGGCCCUGCAUUGCCACUUCACCUGGGAUCUGGAGAUCAGCAAGCCCAUACUUUUACAUUACAAGGACAAGCUGGAGGACAUCGGCACCGAGGAGGGGAACAGCUGGCUGGGUCACAUUUACAACCUGCGGGGGUUCGUUCAGUACAAGCUGGGGUUCACCGAAGACGCCCAGAGUUUCUUCAACAAGGCUGCAGAGGCCUUCAGCAAGAUAAGAAACGCAGAUGAGGGUCCCUGGUUGGUGGUGAACUACGGGAACCUGGCGUGGCUGCACCACCACCUGGGAGACCAAGCAGAGAGUCAGGCUUACCUGUCAAAGGUCAACACCCUGAUGAAUAAAUACCCAUCUCCAUCCCAGGAUGAGCUCCAUCCAGAGAUCUACGCUGAGAAAGGCUGGACUCUGUUGAAUUUCAAAUUUGUCAAAAUUCUGGCUGCAGAUUACUUCCAGAGAGCCAUCAGGAUGCAGCCGGGCAUGGUGGAGUGGAACAGCAGCCAUGCCCGAGCACUAGUGUAUGCCACUGACUACACAGAGCAGGAGGCUGACAUCUUGGAGAUUAUGAAAAUCGCCAAAGAACAGGAUCCAGAGAACGUGUACCUCGCUGCUCACUACUUAACUCUACGUGCUGACCGCGGAGAAGAAAUCAAAGAUGAAGCACGUGAGUUAGCCAGAAAGGUUUUGCAAAAACCUGUCGGCCUCUACAGUGGUGUUAGACCAUUAUUACAGCUUUACAGUACCUAUGUAUCUAUGGAUGAAGCCAUUGCUUUGGCAGAGGAGGCUCUGGGAAAACAUCCACAUGAGCGUUAUCUGAAGAAAUGCGUUGCACUCCUCUACCAAUGGAAAAUCUUCAGGGAGAGUCGCCCAGAUCAAGGCUUGAUAGACAGAGCAAUCAUUCUUCUCGAGGAGGUGAUUUCUCUUUACCCUCAUUCUUCAUUUUUUAGGAAAACAGAUCUUGCAGAAAUAUACGCAAUGUCAAACCACAGCCAGGAUAAAGCUGAGCAGAUAUACCUUGAAAUGCUAGAAAGAGAUCUGGAACCUGCAGACAAACAGAUGGUUUAUAACUGCUAUGCAAAAUAUUUAAACUGUAAUCAACAGGACUACCAAAGGUCAAUACAGUAUAACAUGAAAGUAGCAGCAAUACCGGUUCAAUCCCCUUAUCGCUGUAACAGCAUCGCAACUCUGAAGAAGAUGAAAGACAAAGGCCACAUGUGUAGAGAAAUAGAAGAGUUUCUGGAAAACCUGCAGGAGCCAUAGUGUUUUUAACAGCACUGGUUCUAAAUCCAGAAAAAAAUAUAAAGCAUUACCUGAAAUAAAUCUGCACGUAUUUGUUCAUGUGAUUACUUCCAGGAAAGAUUUGUGGCAAUUGUGAACAAGAUUCUCAAAAUAAAACACGGAAGUGAGAAACUUU